UUCCUUAUAAAAUCGGGAGUUAGGUGGAUGGCUCAUCAUCCAUGAAUAUGAUGAAUUCUCAACAAUACCUGUGAUUCUCAUCGUUCCCCAUUUUUUUCUCACAAUUUUCUCUUCUUAUUCAACUUCCAUUGAUUUCGAUUCCGAUUCCUUUCUUCUUAAUCGAACUAACCCAGAUUCUGUACUUCACUGUUGACCUAUUCCCCGCUCAUUUCCCUUCUGCCGGCCAAUUGCUUCUCCUAACCAUGAUUGAUUCUAUCAAGGCUGCGAUCGGCGAUGCCGUUCUCACUUCCAUGUGGAUUUUCUGUGCUUCAUCUCUUGGGGUUCUCACUUCCGUUCUCUACUCAGCCGCCGGUGUUUAUGGAAUCCCACUUCACCCACUUCUUAUCACUACUACUCUUGUUUUCAUUCUUGUUUUUGUUUUUAAUAUAAUUGGUGCUCUUUUGGGUGGAGCUAGCUUUAAUCCUACUGCCACUGCUGCUUUUUAUGCUGCUGGUGUUGGUCCAACCUCUCUCUUCGCCAUGGCUAUCCGUUUCCCUGCUCAGGCGGCUGGUGCGGUUGCUGGUGCCCUGGCAAUCAAGGAGGUGAUGCCUAUACAAUACAAGCACAUGCUUGGUGGACCUUCUUUGAAAGUUGACAUUCAUUCUGGAGCUACAGCUGAAGGAGUUUUGACCUUUAUAAUCAGUUUUGCUGUUCUUCUAAUUGUACUCAGGGGUCCCUCCAGCCCUGUUAUCAAAACAUGGUUGCUGGCAAUGGCUACCGUAGCGUUAAUCGUUGCUGGUUCUAGUUACACAGGACCUUCCAUGAAUCCUGCAAAUGCAUUUGGAUGGGCAUAUAUAAACAACAGGCACGAUACAUGGGAGCAGUUGUACGUGUACUGGAUCUCCCCCUUUGUAGGAGCCAUUUUGGCUGCUUGGCUUUUCAGAAUGAUCUUCCCACCACCACCCCCAGCCCCGGCCAAGCAGAAGAAAGCUUAAAACCGAUAGUUAAAAUGGUGGUGCCACCGUGUUUCUUUAGAUAAGCUUUGAUCAAUAAAAUGUAGCAAAGUAAGAGCUUCUAGUUGUGUUAUUAAGGUAAUUGUAAGUGUUUUGAAGUUUAUAUUUUGAAGCUGCCUCUGGAUCAAUAAUCCUUCAAUUAGAUUCACCUUUAAAUUAAAAUUUCUUUAGGCAGUUAUUGGUUGAUUCUUAUAAUUAUUUUCUUCAGGCUUGUUUGGAUUAUAACUUUUUCAAGUGCUUAAAAACCUUUGGACAUUAGGUUUCUGCUAAUAGCAACUAUUUUUCUUUUGG